CUUGCUUGACAAAUUCUGAAUUCUGAACAAAUGCAGUUUUGGCGGGUUCUUUACAGAGAUUACACAAAAUUUGUAAACAAUAAACAAAUCAGAUAAAAAGAAAAUACAAUAAAUUGAGUAACUCCUUUUAAUCUUUUAUCAUUUAUGGGCGUUACACGAUUAGUAUUAAAGAAGAGAUAGUUUAAUUCAUUGCAUAUAAUUCUAAAAAUCAAACCCAUACAAUGGAAAUAUAUGACCAAGAAAAUAUUGUAAGGAAAAGGUCUGUUCUAGAAAGAAAAUUGUACUAUAGGGAUCUAUUAAACAAAGCAGAGACAAUUAAGGAAAGUGAUACCCUGGGUAUCCAAACAGUAUCUGAUAUCGGAGAUAUUCUCAGCCAAGCUAAUAUAUUAAAUUCUGAGGUCGAUAUAGAGGAACGCGUAGGCAAUGCAGAUGAAACGUUAUUAGAUUGUUUAGUUGUGUCUUCAGCAAGUGGGAUUUUGAUGAAAUGGAUUGAAGCAGUUGAUGUGUUUGCUGCAACCUAUGAUUCUACAGAGUUUGUUGGAAAAAUUAUUUCUCAUGUAAAACAAGAUGAUAAUGAUGGGAUGAAAGCAGAGGAUAUCCUGAAACUUUUAGACCAUGCAAGAGAAAUUAUACCAAACGUACCCAAAUACAAUUCAAUAUAUGGUUCAUACAAUUUAGAUAAUCUACCAGAACGAAAGGAAAAGGUUAAAAAACAGAGAGCCCCUAAAGAGAGAUUAGAGAAAAAGGAACCUGAAAAAAUAGUGAAUUUAGAUAAAGAAGAAGAAGGGAUAGAAGAAAUUGUUAAAUUUUUGUUUGAAGUUUUAGUGGAGGCUUAUUCAAAGAAUAAUGAAAGCCCUGUUAAUUAUUACGACUAUAUUAUUGAUACGGAUAGUUACAGCAAAACUAUAGAAAACAUGUUUUAUUUCGCUUUCUUAGUUCGUGAUGGGAAAGCUCAUUUUGACUUGGAUAAUUCUGGCACACCUUUGAUAAGACCUAUGAGUAAAAAAGAGUUAAAAUUAUUUAGGGACAAAGGUGGAAAAAAUACUCAAAUAAUUUCGUGUAUAAAUAUGGACUUGUAUAAUAAAUACAAUAAGGAAGGCUUAUUACAGAAGCAUAGAAAAAAACAUAAAUUGUCACAGAAAUAAUUGAUUUUGAAGUAAAGUGAAAGUUAUCCCACUGUGGUAAAUCUGAGCCAACCAUUAUUUAAGCAUAGUUAGAUAACAAAGAAAAUAUAUUUCACAAAGUGUUUCUUAUAAAUUGAACCCUAUCCAAAAUUUCUCAAAAAAAAAUGUUUUAACUUACCUAGUUAUUAUUUUUUAUAGUUAUACUCUUGAAAUAUAGUUUUUCUGUUAUAACUAUUUAAUGGUAUACUUGGUUAUACUGUUUUUCUUUGUAUUUAGCAUGUAAGUUAUGUAAUGUUAAUGUUGUCGACCUGUUGAAAAUGUUUUGUAUAUUUUAUAAAUAAUACUAUUUUUAUAUGUACCUAUAUCACAAAUAAAAUAAUAAAAAAAGACAAACGUAAAGG